AUGGACUCCAACAGGACUCCUACACAGCGCAGGGGAAGGUCUUUCGACUUGACGUGCUUCGACGAGAAGCAUCUCAACAAUGAGAUGAACAAAUUCACCUUCAAGAAAAUCGAUGAAAACAAAGACAGUAAAAGAGUCGUGUGUGAAAAGGGCCGGGCGACAGUCGUCUUUUCCCUUAAGAAUGAAGUCGGGGGGCUUUUGAAGGCCCUGAAGCUUUUCCAGGAGAACCACAUCAAUCUAGUUCACAUUGAGUCCCGGAAAUCAAAGAGGCGUAACUCAGAGUUCGAGAUCUUAGUGGACUGUGACAGCAAUCACGAGCAGCUGAACGAAAUCAUCCAGCUGCUCAGGAAGCACGUGACUGAGGUGGACAUGGACUCUCCAGACAACUCCUGCCUGCCUGAGGAAGAUAUGGACAACGUACCCUGGUUCCCAAAGAAAAUCUCUGAUCUGGAUAAGUGCGCCAACCGUGUGCUCAUGUAUGGAUCGGACCUCGACGCGGACCACCCGGGUUUCAAGGACAAUGUCUACCGCAAAAGGAGGAAGUACUUUGCUGAUCUGGCCAUGAGCUACAGGCAUGGAGACCCCAUCCCUCGCAUCGAGUUCACCGAGGAGGAGGUGAAGACGUGGGGGGUGGUGUACCGCGAGCUGACCAAGAUGUACCCGACGCACGCCUGCCGGGAGUACCUGCAGAACCUGCCUCUGCUGUCCAAGCACUGUGACUGUAAGGAGGACAACAUCCCUCAGCUGGAGGACGUUUCACGCUUCCUCAGGGAGCGCACGGGCUUCACCAUUCGGCCUGUGGCGGGAUACCUCUCCCCUCGGGACUUCCUGGCAGGCCUGGCCUUCCGUGUGUUCCACUGCACCCAGUAUGUUCGGCACAGCUCUGAGCCGCUCUACACCCCGGAACCGGACACAUGCCAUGAGCUCCUGGGCCACGUGCCACUGCUGGCAGAACCAAGUUUUGCUCAGUUCUCCCAGGAGAUCGGUUUGGCUUCGCUGGGGGCCUCUGACGACUCCAUCCAGAAACUGGCCACAUGCUAUUUCUUCACGGUGGAGUUUGGCCUGUGCAAGCAGGAGGGGAAGCUGCGAGCUUACGGAGCCGGACUGCUGUCCUCUGUCAGCGAGCUGAAGCAUGCCCUGUCCGGGAACUCGAAGAUCCUACCCUUUGACCCCAAGGUCACAUGCAAGCAGGAGUGUAUGAUCACCACCUUCCAGGACAUCUAUUUUGUGUCCGACAGCUUUGAGGAAGCCAAGGUCAAGAUGAGGGAGUUUGCCAAGACCAUAAAAAGACCGUUCACAGUUCGCUACAACCCGUACACACAGAGCGUGGAUGUGCUGAGGGACACGGCCAGCAUCCACAGCGUGGUGGAGGAGCUGCGGCACGAGCUCGACGUCGUAGGCGAUGCGCUUAGCCGACUCAACAAGCAGCUGGGCGUCUGA